AGUACAUUUUUCCCAUUGAUGUUGUGCUACCUCUAAAUUGGCAGCUGUAAUGCUUACACUACAUAAGUACAAAGUAGUACAUUAAUACGACUAGUAGCAUAACCAGCAGAAAAAAAACAUACUCGCUGUUCAGGCUUCGCUUGUUUAUAUCUUUUUCUUUAAUCCAUCUUGGGAAAGAAUAAGUUAAGUAUACCCAGGCUGCUCCCUGUUCUCCAAGUGCCACUGAUAAGCGAGUGGCUACUGGGCAGACUCCACCCAUUCUAUGACUGGCCCCUGAUAAGCAGGGCUUGGAGAAGGGUAGACAAACACUUGACCGGCACUUAAAUUCCCAAAGCUCAAACUAUAGGAAUGUUAUUUCUAAAUAACGGACACAGCAGUCUGAUUGAGAAAUUGUGUCAGGAGACUGGAAGGUUGUGGCACUGGGUUAAAUCCCGUUUAAAGAACCGAGCAAAGCAACCCAACUGUGAAUGAGCAGAAAGGAACCUCAGGAAGCCAAAGCUGUUAUUGACUGGCUGCAACCUUGGUUCAUGUAGUGUGCAAGAUAACAAGUCAUAAAAAAUGUGAAGGCAAGGUGAUUCCUGGCUGCUCAACCCCCCCAUCAGCUGAUAUGAGGAGAAGGACGGCCCCAGGACCCAGCAUCCAGCACAUGGGUUCCACAAAAUCUGUGAACAUCAAACAGAGAAGCUCUCUGCCAAGAAAUUUCAGCUUGGACCAUGUAAUCCAGCGCAGUUAUGACCUGGACCUUACGUACAUCACAGAACGCAUUAUCAGUGUCUUUUUUCCAACCAAUCUAGAGGAACAGCGCUACCGGGCCAACCUGCGAGAAGUAGCAACCAUGCUGAAAUCCAAACAUGAGGAUAAAUACCUGCUUUUUAACCUAUCCAGGAAGAGACAUGAUAUUGCCAAACUCAAUCCUAAGAUACAAGACUUUUUUUGGCCAGACGGCCAUGCGCCCCCACUGGAUGUUAUCUGCUCCAUCUGUAAAUCCAUGGAGGCCUGGCUGGCACAAGACCCUCAACAUGUGGUGGUCCUGCAUUGCAAGGGAAAUCAGGGGAAAACGGGAGUUGUCAUUGCAUCCUACAUGCACUAUAGCAAAGUAUCCGCAAGUGCGGAUCAGGCUCUCAGCACUCUGGCCAUGAGAAAGUUCUGUGAAGAUAAGGUCUCCGUGUCUCUGCAUCCAUCUCAGCGCAGGUAUAUCAAUUAUUUUGGAGGCCUGCUGUCUGGUACCAUUAAAAUCAGCAGUGAUAUGCUCUCUCUUCAAUGUGUGAUGCUGCCCUUCAUUCCUGCCCUGCAGACAGCAGGCGGAUUCUGUCCUUUUGUAAAGAUAUACCAGUCCAUGCAGUUGGUCUACACAUCUGGAAUCUAUUCAAGUCAUGGAGGAACGACACCUCAGAAGCGUCAGCUGUGCAUCAGCUUGGAACCAGCGCUACUGCUGAAAGGGGACAUCAUGGUAAAAUGCUACCACAAGCGCUGCAAGCCUCACGAGAGGGAAGUGCUUUUCAGGGUGCAGUUUCACACGUGCACCAUCCAUAAAACCCACCUGUGCUUCAGUAAAGACCAGCUGGACUGCGCCUUCACAGAUGACAGAUUCCCAGACGAUGCUUCAGUGGAAUUCAUGUUUUCUGCUGGACAAGACAAAGCUAAAGAUCGUGAAGUGUUCAGCAAAGACCCCAACGUUUCAGUGGAUUAUGAUAUCACUGAUCCACUGGUGCGAUUUGACUCCUAUGAAAACCUCAAUAUGAUCCAUGAGGACAGCCUGGAGGGGGAUUUGAGCCACACUCGGGGACCAUUGGAUGGCAGCCUUUAUGCACGUGUGAAGAAGAAGGUUACCCCAGUAACAUCUAGUAAUGGAAGUCCAGAGCAGCACAGACGUCUUUUGUCUGUCAGCAGUGACUCUGGCCAUUCUUCAGCCCCCACAGAGAGGUUGGAGGAAACUCCUCAAAAGUCUUUGCCCACAGCAACUGAAAGACAAGAUCUGGAAAGACUUUUGGGUGGCUUUGGCGUCAGUGUGAAGCAAGAGGCGGAGCCCCAUUACUCUCAAGUCCUUAAGCAUGAAGAAGUCGCAACACAAAAUUUAAAUCAAAGGCAACAGAUGGAGGAAAGAGGCCUGGAUCAGGAAGAUGCAAACCAAAACAUUCAGACAAAGAUAAAUGGAGAAGUGAGGUCUCCAUAUUCUCCCGUGUGGCCAGUAACUCCUGAUGGAGGAGCAGCCCAGUGCUUGCCUUUGGCUUCAUCAUGCUGGGAAGGUCAGAGAGAGGCGGCUUGUGAGACACAUUGGAAUGGUCAGAGAGAGGCAGCCAUUCUAGAAGAAGAAAUGGGACAAUAUGGGGAACUGGCUAUGUACCCAGGCAGAAGGCAUUUGAUCUCAAGACAAUGCUCCUGUAGGCUGGGCUACUCCGGUCCAAAUAUUGAGGGGCCACCAAACAGAAAUUACUUCAGGCAAGAAGGCAUUAUUGACACUCGAGGUGGGACAGGGGCUGGUGUUAUUCUACAAAAUGCUCAUUAUCCAGGGAUGUAUGGAGAACAAGAAAGGAGAAGACUGUUUCGCUCAUUAUCUGAGGGACCUCAGCAUUACCCAGCUCAUGCACAAAGUCCACCAAAGAGAGGUAGUUUGAGGGAUACACGCCCAUACAUUUGCCAACCUUCUCCACAUGAACCCCCUUUCCCACCAGCAUGUCCUUGUGCUCAUUGUCAGAACUCUGCCUGCUACCCGGUGACUAACAUGCAGCCAUUUCAUCGUGGGGAGCUGCCGUUGCAUAUUCCUCAGCCUUAUGGACAGAGUGUUCAAAUCAACCACGAUUUUCCACAUCCUUUCCAAUUCCCUCAAACGAAGAUGCUUUAUGGCUAUCCACCUGCCCACGGAGAAGAACCACUGCAUUUUAACCAUUUCACAGAAGGUGGCUAUGGCCAUACAUAUCCACAUUUUCUAAAUCCGUCUUACCUCCCUCCUCACUGCCCACCUAAUGGCUAUGGUCCCCACACAUUUCCUAAUUCCAUUUCCCCAUAUAGCCCACCUAGAGGUCAGUCUCCUCCUUCUGGCUCUGUAUCUCCAGCCAAUGUCUCUGAUCCCAGAAGAAUGAGUGGUGACACCAUCUCUGCAAGCAGUGUCAGUGAACUCACAUCUGUGGAACAACAGCAACAGGAAGAGCCCAGUGAUCGUGUCAUGCAGUUAAAUGCUCCAACACUGCAGCUGCAUCAGCACAUGGAGACGGGACCGGCUGUCAGCUCCUCGGCUAUUCUACAUAGUAACUCUUCUGCCCAAGGGAGCCCUCAGCAGUCAAGCUCUCCCAUGGAUGCUCACAUAGCAAGAAGCACUGCUGGCUCUGAUAUUAACAUGCAUGUCCAUAGCUUAGUGCAGGCAGAACAUUUUGUGCAUCCACAUAGUCCUGUGCACACAAGCACUCCCAUAAAUACUCACUGCCAGUCUAUUCAGACAAAUAACCUUCUAAAUGUGCAGAAUCCCACCCUUCAGAGCCAUAGUGUGACACAAAAAAGCCCAACAUCCCCCACACUCAAUCCACUUGUGCACAUGCAGAAUCCAACUCUUCCUGGCUAUAAUCAGGGGCAAACAAGUCCCACAUCACUCAGAACAGCUCCUCCUGUACACAUGCACAAUCCAUCUCUGCAAAGCCAUAGUCAGGGGCAAACAUGUCCUACAAUGCACAUAUCAGCUCCUCCUGUACACAUGCAGACUCCCGCUCUUCAAAGCCAUAGUCAGGGGAAACUGUAUUCUACUUCCCCCACACACGCCCCAUCAGUACAUGUACAGAAUCCAGCGCUGCAGAGUCACAGUCAGGGUCAAACCUGUCCUACAUCCACCCCACACAAUCCAGCUGUGCACACGCAGAACCCAGCUUUUCAAAGUCAAUGUUUGGGCCAAACAUGUCCUGCAUCUCCAGCACAUAGUCCAUCUUCCCAGUUAGGCCAUACCACUCAGCUACCCAGUCCAUCUGUACAACUGAAUGGAAGUAGCCAACAUAUGAGUUUGGCUGUACAAGGGCAUGGCAAGCUGCACUCUCCUGAUAAACAUGGACAAGUGCAAGACAAUGUGCCCACUAAUGGCCUGACAGCAAACAGUCCACUCAACACAAAGAGUUCUCCUGAGCGACCAGACAUCCCCAACCAUACACAAAACACAUGUACACAAGCACACAACCCUCCUUUACCUUCUGAGCCACAUGUACAGACAGGCAACUGUGUAGUCAAACAGAUCUCCAGUACAUAUCCACAUUCUCCUAAUCACAGGCAGUCUUCAGAGGGCCAGGCACCUGUCCCCCCAGCAAUUGCACCUACACAAACAAAUGUGCCUCAACAAAAACUGGUCCAGUCUCACAGCUCUGUAAGCACAAACAGUUCAUCAGUAAAGCCAUAUGAUACAGUCUAUACACAGAGUCAGCUUGUGCAGACAGACACUUCUGUAGGGACACAGAUCCCUCCUAUACAGUCGCACCAUCCUGUGCCCAAACCAAGCCAAGUCCACACACAGAGUCCUUCAGUGCAACUGUACAGAACCAUUGGGGGUCAGUGUUCAUCAGUGCAGACCCAGAAAACUGCACCUACGCAUGCAAACAUUAACAGUGCUGCAGUAACUGACAGGCCUGGAUUAGCAGCAUCUCAUGUGAAUACGGCCAAUGAAGCAAAUACAUUGUUGCCAAGUUCUUUCUCUCAGACACAUGUAACUAAAGUACCUGUAACAUUGGAGGCUAAGAGAAGUCACUCCACGUAUGGGCCUAUUAUAUCAUCUGCCAGUGGAACGAUUGCUUUUGGGUCUAGUUACAGUCCUCAGAGUUUUUCUGUCCCAAAGAUCACUGUACCGCUCCAAAAGAGAAGUGUCACUAUAUCCUUGCCCGUGAGCCCUGUAAACCCACAAGGAAAGGAAGCACCAACCAGCCCACCAAAAUCACCAAUGGGAAGUCAGAGUGAUCUCCUGCCUCCUUCUCCUACACCUUCAUUCCCUAUAAGAACUGCCUUUUAUUCCAGCAGCCCUUGCCCGCCUAAUAUACAGCCACCACAACUGCCAGAAAAAUGUCACUCUCCAGCAGAAGGGGAAAAAGCUCAAGUGAAACCCAAUGGACUGUCUGAGUGCAACAAAGGCCAUUCAUCACCCGUGGAUACCCAACAAGAUGCUCCAGUUACAGGAAAUUUUGUGCAAGACUUUUCCAAGUUUUGGUAUAAGCCGACCAUUUCCAGGGAGCAAGCUAUUGCCAUAUUAAGAGGUGCAGAGCCAGGCUCCUUCCUGAUUCGGGACAGUAACUCAUUCCGUGGGGCAUAUGGUUUGGCACUGAAGGUCUCCAGCCCUCCUCCAAACGUAGCAGUGCAGCUCUACAAAGGAGAUUCCGCCGAGCAGCUGGUUCGCCAUUUCCUCAUUGAGACUGGACCAAAAGGAGUGAAGAUUAAAGGCUCACCAAUUGAACCCCAUUUUGGCAGCCUCUCAGCCCUGGUGUCUCAGCACUCGGUCACCCCGCUCUCUUUGCCAUGCAGACUUCACAUCCCUUCCUGUGAUCUGGUGGAGCAGAGCUCAGAGGUCAUGGUGCCUACAAACAUGAGCACAGCAGCAGAUUUAUUGAGACAAGGAGCAGCAUGCAGUGUUCUCUUCCUUGGCUCUGUGGACACAGAAUCUCUAACCGGGCCCCAGGCCAUUUCCAGGGCAUCAAAUGCCAUCCUGACUCCCCCAAGGUCCAGUGCAACUACUGUCCAUUUCAAAGUAUCUGACCAGGGUAUCACCCUUACGGACAGCCAGCGGAAACUGUUCUUCCGGCGUCAUUAUCCUGUUUCUAGUGUAACGUACUGCAGUAGCGACCCACAGGAUCGCAGGUGGACCAAUCCAGACAGGACAACAUCAAAGGUGUUUGGGUUUGUGGCUCGGAAAGCAGGCACCGCGGCCGAAAACGUGUGUCACCUUUUUGCGGAACUGGACCCUGAGCAACCGGCGUCGGCCAUUGUUAAUUUUAUCACCAAAGUCAUGCUGGGUGCACACAAGAGAUAAACGAUAGUGUCCGUUAGGGGGGAGGAGACUAAAGGUCAGAGAAUGUCAUACGAUGGGACCCAGAAGACGUGAGAGCGAGUGCUUGCAGCAAGUGUGGAUACUGUUACUCCCGUAACCCAAUUCUGCUGGAGCUUCCCAACAAGGAAAUGGAAUGUUGGGGGAAUGUAUACUCCCCGAUCUAUGGAGAAAAGCAGAGCAAGCAUUGACCUUGUGAUACUGUAUUGAACAUUACUGUAGAAAAUGUAAGUGCAGCUGGCAGCUCCCCCGGGGGGUCUGUAAAAGCUCAGUAGAAAGGCAUCAGACAAAAUGAUAAUCAUGUAUCCUGGUUUCAGGAAUGUCUAUCACCGUUGCUUAUCAGCCUGGGUCGGGGCCCUUAUUGUCAAGCACAAUAUUACUAAGACACAGACACCCCAAAAUUCCCAGCUUGUGCCUUCAGGGGAUAAGUAGUGUAACAUGCGCUACACUAACAAGCAGCCAUGUUUACACUCCCUUUUGUAUAUAAAAUCCAUGUAAAUUGCAAUAUGGGAAUGCCUUCUCCUGCUCAUCAUCUCUAGGGAACGUUUUAUGAUAUCUGCUAUGCCCUGGGCUUGCCCACAGCAUGCUGCUUAUUAAUCACCAUAACUAUGUAAGGGCGCAAUAACUGCUACGCAGUAUCUGUUCAAUUCGUAGUGUUUCUUGUUCUAAGCCACAAUAGUGAAAGUUCCCACUUUCUCAUCUUCCUCACCAUUAGCAGUAGAUAUUCGAUAGCCUAUAAAACAGCAAUAAUGUAAAUAAUGUGGAGCUGGAACGUUGCCAGUGUAUUCUAAGAGGAUGACGCUUUUUGUGCAUCCAUAUUAUGUUUCGUUUAACUGCCAGCGCUCUCGGAAAGCUGCGGCUUCUUUCGGAAUUCAUUCUGCCGACUUGUUAAAUUCCUGUUAGGUUGACUCGACAGACGGGGGCCCAUUGCAAGGCUUGAUCUUUUGCUCAGGUGCACUUGGUCUUAUGGAAUUGUUGAACAUUGGAAAUGUAAAUCCAAUAAUAAAAAAGAAAGUUGGUUGCCCUGGGCGGUCUUGGAAGCUGAUAUUAGCAUGUGGCCAGCACCUGCUGUUAGACUGUCUGGCUUUGCCACUGUAUUGUUAGCAUAUGUUCCAUGUACCUUCUGGAAAAUAGACACAGAUUUAUUAAGGGUCGAAUCUUUUUAUGGUCUGAACAGUCAGAUUCAAAUAAUCCAGACUCGAAUUUUUAAAAACAAGGAAUUCGAUUUUUGAGAUUGAUCAGACUCUGCCCCUUUAAGAAUUCAAAUUUGACUAUUCGCCGCCUAAAACCUGCCGAAUUCAUGAGUCAAUGAAAGACGUCCAGGGACCAAUUUGGACAUCUUAGUAGCUUUCCUGGCAUGCAAGUGUUUUUUCGGAGAAAAAGCUAGAAUCAAGUUUGGUCAAAGUCGAUUUGCGUUUCCAAGCUGGCAAAAUUGAGAUAUUCGAUUUUUUUUAUAAAUAACCCCCCCCCCCAGUCGAAUUUCAAGUAUAUUUGAAUUUAAUAGUUUUUUAAAAAAAAAACCUCAAGAAUAUAAAAUUCGACCGUUAAUAAAUGUGCCUCUAGGUGUGUUAAAUGGCUAGAGCUAUGAAUAGAUGCUCUGGGUCCAAUAACUUAAGACUUUUCCUUUCCGAAAACUGCCAGUUAAUGUGAAAUUUCCAGGGGUCACCGUGUAGAACGGACACAGUAACACCCAGCAAUCUCAUGCAUUCAGCUAAUUCUGCACUGGAAAUGUACUUGCCUGCUUCUCACAAUCACAGAUACUAGCAGCUUGUCAACUAUCACAAAGCGACAGAGAGGCUCAAACUAAAUAAACCUAAACUCCGACUGAUGCAAUAAAUAGCUAAUAAAACUGAACACUAGUGCUUACAAAUAUUAAAUGUUAACAAGUUUAAGGUUGCACUUUUAGCAUCAAGUUCUGGAAGUCCAAGUAGACGGGUUCCACUUUGUUGUCCUCCCAACCAUCUUUGUCAGGCUUCCAAAGCAGUGAUGCUGGGAGUUGUCUUUGUACAUGUAUGGUACCUGUUAUGCAGAAUGCUCGGGACCUGGGGUUUUGCAGAUAAUGUUUCUUUCUGUAAUUUGGAUCUUCAUACCUUAAGUCUGCUAGAAAAACAUGAAAUAAAGCCAAUAGGCUGGUUUUGCUUCCAAUAAGGAUUAAAUUAUAUCUAAAACGAGAGGUGUGAAGAACUUCAGUCAGACGCAGUGGUUUGCUGCAAAGUGGUUGCGUUUUAUUUGUUUCGAGACUCAAAAACAUGUAGUGUUAAAUAAAACACAACCAAUUUUGCAGCAAACCACUGCGUCUGACUGAAGUUCAUCACACCUCUCGUUUUUGCAUUAUCGGCUUCAUUGGACGGAAGCAUCAGGAUUGAACUUGUUGAAUCAUUCACCUUUAUCUAAUUAUAUCUAAUUUGGGAUCAAGUACGAGUUACUGUUUUAUUAAUACACAGAAAAAGGAAAUAAUUUAUAUAAAAAAAAAUGGAUUAUUUAGAUAAAGUGGAGUCUAUAGGAGACGGCCUUUCCGUAAUUCGGAACAUUCUGGAUAAUGGGUUUCCGGAUAAUGGAUCUCAUACCAGUACAAGAUCUAGCAGUUGCUCAGCCCUGCUCCUCAGUUCUGCAUGAGGGCUUACACUCUACAGAACAUAUAAAACCAUAUAAAGUAUGUCCUGUCCAACUGCUGUUCCCCUCCCCCGUACCUAAACUACUUCCUGUAUUGCAACCCCAAUAGCAUCGGCUGUCAGCAACCAAAAAAAAAAACCAAAAGCACGAAGGUGUGUAA